CACUCCCUCCCUCUCUCCUAUCUAAUACUUAACCAACUACAAGAAGUCAGUAAAGAGCUGCUGCGUAAAGGAAGUGCUCUGAGCUCAACAAAGAAGCAACAAAAUGAAAACCAGUAUUCUGAAAUCCCAAUUUUACCUCAUUGGAUCCACCAGUCUCACCAACCCAUCUGCAAACUUCUCAAUUAAAACCAAAUCCCAUCUCAAAAAUCCAACAACUACACCUACAAAACCAAAUUUUCCGAGAAAAAUUCUAGUCAAAACAAGGGAUUCAAGAAAGGGAAUCAUAAUAAACCAGGAGCUUCCUAAGGUUUCUGCAAAUGGAAUUUCUUCAAGGUUUGUGGUAAUGAGCGCUGUAUCAGUGGGAUUUGUGUUGUUCGUAAUGGGCAUGGAUGAGCACUCCAAGGCAUUGGCAUUGGGGCCUGAAGGGCCGCUGAUGGAAGAGUUUUGGGACAAUGUAAGAAGAUAUGCACUUUAUGCACUGACAGUAAGUACAGGUGCACUUUAUACAAUCUUUCAGCCUAUAGUAGAAUUGCUGAAGAAUCCCAUCUCUGCUGUCCUCAUUGUUAUUAUUUUUGGGGGAAGUAUCUUUCUUAUUUCUCAGGUGCUAUCUGCCAUGGUUGGUGUAACUGAUUUUACUUAUGAUUAUGGGUAUUAAGCUCAAAGUUUCUUUCUU